GCAUCACUUAGUUUGUCAUGUGCUGGAUGACAUUGUUUAAGUUCUGCUCCAUAUUAAGACGUAUUGAUCACAUCUCAGGAGUUGCAAAAUUCUACAUUAUAGCAAAAUGUGGGCUACAAGUGAAACUGAAGGAUGCCAUGCAGCUAGUUUGUGGCUUAAACCAUAGUUGGCCUGUCAUUUUCUUAUAUCAGAUAACACUAACUUACCGUAUCAUUAUUUCCUCUUAGUUAAACACAGUGUUGCAAAAUAGUUGCUGAAACGUUUGUAACCAUGUGUCAUAACAUCCUGAUACAACAGCAGAGGAUGUUAACGAAGCCGUCACUUUAACACCAACUCGAAGAAGUAAAAGAUUUCACAGCUGGAAAGAUGGAAUCCAAGCCUCGGGGUCCUGUGCUGAUUUCAACAGUUGUUGUGGUGAAUGUUAUUUGGUGGAUGGUGAUGAUAGCAGCCAUUGGACUUGGCGCCACUCAUCUGGGCCGCUGUAAUGUGCAGCCCAACAUCCCCAUUUACCUGAUAGUGCUGGGAGCAACCAGCAUCCUGUCUCUGUCUGUGACCUACAGCAGAGGAAACUACCAGGACGGAGCCGGCUGCAUCCUCACCUCGGCCUGCAUGACCUUCCUGCACCUCUUCACUUUUGUCUGGUUCAUAGCAGGUACCAGCUGGGUUUAUUCUGUGUAUCCUCCAGACUACUCUCCUGGAACAGAUCGCUACUGCCACCAGAUCACCUACCAGUUUGCCUUCAUCGUCACUACGAUCCUGUGGGUCACUACGACUCUCAUGUUCAUCUGCGGUUGUUGCUUCGCUCUGGUGAUCUGCUGUAAGACGAUAGGUGCAAGACGCUACUUUGCCCGCAGUAGUUUCUACGGUGCCACAAGUGAUGUCAACGAACCCACUGCUGGUGAUGUGUGAUUUCUAUCCUGCUUCAUGGUUUUUUUUUUACAUGUUUAAGGAUUUUAUGUGGAAGCUGGAGUGAAACUUUCAGAGGAAUAUGAUGCAGAUUCUGCACCAAAGGUUACUUUUUAUUACUUCUCAUAUAUAUUGAAGUCAUACACAAAGUAUAAAAGUGCAGUUUUAACCCUCGUGUUGUCCUGCGGGUCAAAUUGAAAGCUUGAAAAUGUGGGGGGAAAAAAAUAUUUUCAGAGUGAAACUUCUGAUGUCCACAUUUUCAACAUUUUUGGCAAAUUUUUGAACAUUUUUUGGUGGAAAAAAGAAAUGUUAAAAAAAAUUGCCUUGAAGAACAUUCAGAAAAAAAUUAACCAAAAUCCAACAAAUUUCGCUGGAUUUUGGUUGAUUUUCUUGUGAAUGUUCUUAAAGAAAAUAUUAGAAGUUUUACUGAUAUAUAUAUGUAAUCAUUUUAGAUAUUUUAAGUUUUUUUGGAAGAUUUUUACUCAUUUUUUGAAAAUAUUUACAAGAAUUUUCUUCCAAAAGUG